CUUUGAUUGACACUUUGGCACGAGCAAGGCAGCCGGGUGCUUUGUUUUUAUCACAUAAAUAUGUUGUGAGGAUUUAUAGUAUUUUUGAUUAAAAUUAAGUUUAAAUCAUAUUUGCACAAUGAUACCUCGUAGGUUAUCAAUUUUUGCCGUAUUCAUUUUACUAUUCGCUUCGUGCAGUUCUCACGGACACUCUCACGACGUUCAUCAUGAUCAUCAUCACAAUGAAGAACCUGCAUCAUUUAAAUAUUCAAAGGCAGCCAAUGAAAAAUAUCGUGAAUCGGAACAACAAUUCCACCAGUCGAAAAAGACGGAUACUACCCUUGAUUUGAAGAAUCUGUGGUUACAUGCUAUGGGAUCAACCCUUUUGAUAAGUGCAGCACCGUUUUUGAUUUUAUUUUUAGUGCCAUUGAAUGAUACGAAAAAACAGCAGCCGCUACUGAAAGUUUUGCUUGCCUUCGCUGCUGGUGGAUUAUUGGGGGAUGCAUUUUUACAUUUAAUUCCACAUGCAACGGGAGACCACAAUCACAGUCAUGAACACCAUAAACAUGAUCAUAGCCACGAGUACCAUACCCAUGAUGAAAAUGAACAUGGUCAUGUUCAUGAUUUAUCGGUAGGUUUAUGGGUUCUUUCAGGCAUAGUCACAUUUUUGAUAAUAGAAAAAUCAAUGAGAAUACUCAAAGGAGGCCAUGGCCACUCUCACUCCCAACAAAAAGAACCGAGUAAGAUUAAAAAGAAAAAGGAAGAAACCAAGAAAGAAAAUAAAACAGGAAUUGUCACUUCCAAAGAAACAAAUGAUUCAACAGAAGAUAAGGAAAUCAAAGUUGCUGGAUAUUUGAAUUUGGCUGCCGAUUUCAGCCAUAAUUUCACAGAUGGUUUAGCAAUAGGCUCAUCGUACUUAGCAGGGAACACGAUCGGUAUUGUAACAACUAUAACCAUUUUACUUCAUGAAGUCCCUCAUGAGAUUGGAGACUUUGCUAUCUUGCUUCAAUCUGGUGUGUCAAGAAGAAAUGCCAUGUUAUUACAAUUAAUAACAGCCCUAGGGGCUCUCUGUGGCACUGCUAUUUCAUUGUUAGCUCAAAAUAGUCAAGGAGCAAUGGCAGCUUCUUGGAUUUUACCCUUCACUGCUGGAGGCUUUAUUUACAUUGCUCUUGUGUCUGUGAUUCCUGAACUUUUAGAUGAAGAUAAACCUAGUUUUUUACAGACUCUUUUUCAAGUUUUUGCGUUGCUAGCUGGUAUAGGAUUAAUGGUUAUUAUAUCUAUUUUUGAAUAAAAAUUAGUCAAUAGAAUUUUUUGAUUCAAUAUCGGAAGUAAUUAAUGAAAACUUGAAUUCUUCAUUGUUUACUUCAAUACUGUACUUAUUGAAAAAAACUGAAAUCUUAUCAAUGUUGAAUUUUUAGGCAAAAUAAAAUGUAAGAUUAUUUAAUCACUAUAUCACAUCGUAAUUAGUAAUAUUUGUUAAAAUAUAAAAUUUAUAUGAA